GCUAUUAACCAAUAAAGAUAGGUAACCAACCAAACUAGCCAUAGUAACUUCCCUCCAUAGUUAGAAACUCCAUUUCCUUAACACUGAUCAGUGACCCCUCAAACUAAGGCCAUGGAUCUCCCUAGCCACAAAUUCAUUCAACCUUCAUCUUUCUUGGAACCAACCCUUGAAAACAAGAACAUGAACAUGAACAUGUAUGGUACUAAACACAAGAACAUUAACAACAAUAACCCUUUUAUUGAUGAUUUCAUUGACCCUCUUUGCAAACUAAACCUAAAAGAAACAUCUGAGUUUGUCAAAUCUUUACCACUUCCAAAUAUCAAUGCAGAAAACAGAAGAUUCAGCAAUGAUUCUAUAACACAAAUAAGAAAACUAGAAGCACCUUCUACACCUGGUAGACCACUUUUCAGCUUCAGUUCAUCUUCUUCUAUUGUUGGAAGAAACAAUCUUCCAAGAAAAAGUUUUCCAUCUAAAUGGGAUGAUGCUGAAAAAUGGCUUAUAAGCACUUCUUGUCAUGACUCACCAGCUCAUAAAGCUUCAUCUUCAGAAUCCUCAAGACAAUGUGAUAAUAGCUUUAAGCAAAAAAGUGAAGAUUUUUCAGUAAAAUCAAGGGUCAUUGAAGAAAAAGUGUUGUCUAAAGUUGGUCCUAAUUUUCAAUGUUCUUCUUCAAGUUUGGACCACAAUAAUAGUACUGUUGGAGCUUUCAAUGGGAUCUCAUGUCCAACAGACAUAGUACUAAAAGAUAAAUUCACAGACAGCAUAGAACCAAUUUUACCAAAAUUCAGAUAUUCGGAACCGACAAAAGAAGGAUUCUUAUUCAGAAACCAAGCAUGUGAUUCAAUGAAUGAUGCUUUCACAGAAGUGGUUCAUGAAGUUAAACACAAAGAUGCUGGCACAGAGAUGACUCCAUUAGGAAGUUCCACAACUUCAAGAUGUCACACACCAUUCAAGAGUUCGUCGCCUGCACGCCAUAACACUCCUGCUAGUAGAUCAGGACCGUUGGCAUUAUCUAACGCCGAUUGCAACGAUGUUAUUCAGCUAGAAGAGUGUCAUUUUGAUAAACUACAAUAUGGAACAACAAAGUAUGAUUUGGUUGCACCAAAUUGGAGUUCAAGUGAAGAGGAGGAAAAGGAAAUAUCUAAAAGUUUGAGACAUAAUGCUAGUUUGAAAGCUGAUUCUGAUUGUAUGGCUGCUACUUGGGAAGAAGAGGAGAAGAACAAGUGUUGUCUUAGGUAUCAAAGAGAAGAAGCAAAAAUUCAAGCUUGGAUAAACCUCCAAAAUGCUAAAGCAGAAGCCAGGUCAAAAAAACUUGAGGUGAAAAUCCAAAAGAUGAGAUCAAACCUAGAAGAAAAGUUGAUGAAGAGGAUGUCAGUGGUUCAUAGGAAAGCUGAGGAAUGGAGAGAAACAGCAAGGCAACAGCACUUAGAGCAAAUGGAAAAAUCAACUCAACAUGCUAAAAAGAUUAUUCAUAGGCAUAACUCUCAAUUUUCUAGGCACAAUUCAUGUGGAUGCUUCCCUUGCAAUAACAACUAUUAAAUGUAUUUAGUUUUGCGGUAACAAAAAUUGAUUUUGACUGAAUUAAUUUUAUGAAAUUGAUUUUAAUCGAAAGUUAGCUUAA